GCAAACUAAGUGCACGCAGCCUUUGGAGAUCUCGCAUCCCGAUCCAUCUAAUCUUUCUCCCUCCCACCAAGGAACCCCGCACAUAACUAACAAAGCCCCCCGCUCCUGGAACUGGAAACCUGAACCUUAUAGCCUCAUAUACCAUUCUAUUUUCAGACCCAGCACACCGCAACACCAACCAUGUCAGCAAACAACUGCAGCGCCAGCACUAUAUCCUCCAACCCCUUCCUCAACAACGCCUACGUCGGCAUCCCCAACGUCAACAACUUCACCUCGCUCCUCCAGUCCUGCUGCCAGGGCGCGCCAGUCGCGCAGUACGCUUCCAAUCCAUGCAUGAUUUACUGCAAUGUCACUCUUCCGACAACAACGCAGGAGGUCGCGGACUGCGUUGCAGCGAAUGCAGAGGGGCAGAAGUUUGGAACUGUGCAGAGUCAGAAUGUGACGCAUAGUACGCCGACGUCGACGGGAAGUGCGACGGCGAGUGGGACGGCGAGUGUGAUGCAGAGUCCGAGUCCGGGUGCGACGGGGGAGGGGAGUGCGGGGAGGAUGGAGGGGUUGAGUAGGAUGGGGUGGAUGGUUUUUGGAUUAGGGAUGUUGGGAGUGUUUGGGGGGUUGGUGUAGAGAGGUACUAGAGCGUAUUGAGA